GUAAAGAAGCUACCUGAUCGCCAAAUUACCCAUCGAGUACUUUGCACGAAAAUAUGCCCAGGGGUACGAAUUUGGCAAUAAUAAUUCUGCGCGAAAAAUGUCUCGUACACAUUGCUUGUACCGUUGACUGAAGAUUAUCCUCAGUCAACGCUCGUACGUGUUGUAAAAAUGUUUCUUUUGUCGUUAAAAACAGUACCCCAGUGAUUAAUCGAACACUUUUUCAUACGGUUCGUUUUUGAAGUAAUAAAUGUAUUCGUAAAUCACGUCGUCAAAAACAAGUUUCAUCAAUCAUUUCUCACAUUGUAAAGUAGUCAAAGUUGAAAAUCCGCGCCAAGGACUAGCGAGUCCCGGCAAAGCAUGACCGUUAAUGUUGCGUCGUCUGUUGGUUGUUAUCGUUGAUACGAAAACGAAGCAACCUGUCAAAUAUCCGUUCUAAUCAUGGAAUUGUUGAGUAAAUCGAGUUUUUCCUAGUAAAAUAUGCGUCUCAAACUGGUUAAAAUAUUACUGGUGCUCGCGUUGGUUGGUAAUAUAGUCGUGUGGCAUAGAAUAUGGAGAUUAUUCGCGGCUCCGAGCGUCUCUCUGACGGCGACGCCGGCCGCCUCGACGGUCGAAACAUCCCAAAAGGUUCAUCGAGGCUUAGCGCGGUCAGUGACGAUUGUUAUCCGUCAAUUUGAAACAUUCGAAAAUGACGUCUCUGCCACGGUCGAGUCCGUGAUGACCGCCUUUCCGUUAAUUCCCAUUUUGAUAAUAUGCGACCAGCUUCCCUAUCCGCCACUGGAACUGGACUUCAAAAAUAAUACAAUGCGAUACGUGAAGCUAAUCAAUCUCCAACUCAAUUUUAACAAGUCCUUCGACGAAAGGAAUCCCCUCUUUUUCAUCAGAACAAAAUUCGUUCUAUUCCUUCCCGAUGCUACCAGAUUGAGCACCAAACAAGUAUUGCAGAGUAUGAUUAUCCAGGCAUCAAAGUUGGGGGCUGUUUCUGUGCCAGUCGGUGCCAAUCCUUUAAGUUGCAUUGGGAUGGCACUGCGAGUAAAAGAAUGGAGCCUAGAAAUGUCGAAUAUCGACGGAUCCACGUGUGAUUCUAUAAUCGGACGUCACGGUACUAUGAUUGAAGCUAGAACGUUGAGGAAAUUAUCCGAUCCAUUCAUUUUGCCAUUCACAGACGCUUUCUACAUCCAGACUACAGCGUUGGGAGCUAAGGUGCAUAUAAUGAACGAUCAUCAUUUCAACGAAGGGAAGCCACUAUUUCGUAGCCAUCAAGCACAGUGGAAGGUGGAGCAGUUAUCUCGAAGUCGAGAACGUGAAAUGUUCGAGAAAUUAGGGAUAAAAAAAGUGACGCGCGUAUCCGGGUCUGUCGAAUGGUACGGCUGUUCUCGAGAGACCCCAAGAUGUUUCGGAUCCGUUGUUAAUGGAAUACCAUCCUACCUUUAUCAAAACCGAUACACACCUCCCUGUUGUUUAACGGGCCUGAGAAGAGUAGCCCAUCAUGUAUUUGAUAAGCUGGAAGAAGUUGGCAUUCGGUUCUGGAUUGAAGGAGAUUCGCUGCUAGGGGCGAUGAGAAAUGGAGAUAUAUUACCAUGGGGUCAUCAAGUUGACGUAGGAUUGAAUCGAGACGAUAUUAUGAGGUCUCCGUGGUUGGCCAGAGCUAGAAACAAGCCGGUAACAGAUAACCAGGGAUUCAUUUGGGAAAAAGCUACGGAGGGUGAAUUUUUUAAAGUUCAAUACUCCAAAACAAACCAUCUUCACGUCAAUUUGCUUCCAUUUUAUUCUGAAAAUGGUACGAUGAUGAAAGAUGCCUGGUUUUUGAAGAACAAGGAUUUUCCGGAGCAAUUUUUACAUCCGAUGUCUAGUAUUGAAUUCGCCGGCAGACAAGUACCGUGUCCAAAUAAUAUUAGAGAUUUUUUAGAAAUAAAAUAUUAUAAAGGUGUGAUAGAAAACCCUGAAGUACCUGGAAAACUCUUUCCUGAUUAGAAAUUUUUGAAAACCAUCUUUUUCAUAUCACACAACGGAUUGAUUAAAUGGCUGUAAUACCUAGUUAUAGUUUAAUUUUUUUUUUUAUCAUCAUAUAAUGAUUGACUUUUAAGAGACGUAACCCGAAUUAUUAACUUGUCAAACAAUGCGAUCAACUUGAAAAGUUGUAUUUCCUUGAAAUUAUGACAACUUCUGUAUGUGUAUUUCUUUUUCCACAACAUUACUAUUUACAUUUUUCAUUUUUUGAAAUUAUUAUCACUUUAGAAGAUUAAUAGAGAUAACUUUCAGAAUAUUUCGAAGAAAAGUCAGCUAGGCUGGGCGUUUCGUCCUAUUCUUUUUCCGCCUAGGUAACAAAAUAUAUUCGUGUGAAUAUCAUUUGAAUAAUAAUUAUCGACUUCUCAUUUUGUCCGCAAGUUUGUUAGAUAUAUUUUGUGAGCUCCAUACUGGUAAUGAAUUUACCGUCGCUUUUCAUCCCUACCUUUUCUCAGCAAUACUAUCAUAAAAUUAUUGUUUUUGUCAUAAAUUUGUGCUUCUGGUAUAUGCCGAUAGUACCGCGAGAAAUUUUGAAUAGUUACGACAUUUUUUUUCAUCAAAUGUUGAUAGUAAGUAAGGGUUGACACGUGCGGCUUUAUGAUAAAGACCAAAAACUUAAUCUUAACCCAAAAUUCAGAAUCGUUGAAGGUUUUGGUAGGAGUUUUCUUGUUACGUAGUUAUACAUAUACCAUGUAUAUUCAAAGAGGCUAUAUAUAAAUGUUACAUAUUCAUACAUGGAUCGACACAGUCAUUAUCUUCAAUGCUAAGAAUGUGUGAUUGCCUUUUUUUCGACGAAAAAAAAAAAAAAGAAGAAGAAGACGAAGAAGAAUAUUUCGCUAAGAGCGUCAAUAAUAAUAUGGAUUUUUUAUGUGACGUCGACACUUAAUAUUAGGCUUAUUCUAAUAUUCCAUCAUUUACAUUUACUUGCUACUAUAGGUACAUAUGUAGGUAUAUAAUUGAAAGAAUGAAUUAAUCUGUCUUCAUCAUUCUCUUGUGAUAUCUUUAUUAACAAUUUACAAUGACACAGGGCGGUGUCCCAUUAGUUUACACAAUGCAAGACCCAUCCAGAUAAAAACUCGUAUAACAAUUAUUUAACUAUUGUAGAUCUAGCAACAAAUGUCCAAUAUGGAUUUCUGAAAUAAAUUAUCUGAAUAUUUUGACUCUCAA